GGUUCAGGAGAUUAGCUGCUUCAUCAGCAGAAAACUGGGGCUGCACGAGCAGCUCACAAGUCGUCACCACUGAACGGCAAUUACCCUCAGCUCCGUGUCAGUAACUGUUCAAAUCAAUAUACAAUUCGUGAUCGCUUAGGGACAAUCCGACGGGCAGGGCGUGCCCUCACCUUAGGUCGGGCGCCCCGAAGUUGUGGCACACCUCGCUGGCCACCCUCAGCCGACUCCUGCCGCACGCCUGACAUCGCAAGCCAUCGCCGCCCGCUGGAUGCUAGCAGCCCUGCGGGAGGCCAGGGCUCUAGGAGUCAGCCGCGGCCUACUGGCUACGGGUCGCGCCAGCGUGUCACCGGCCGUGGCCUAUCCUGCUCUGCAUUUCCUGAGCCCAGCAUCCGCCGCAACCCACACCGGCCGCCACAGCGCCGCCUGCAGCCGCACCCGCACCUACGCCCGCUCCUGCAUCCGCGCCCUCAGCUCGCCAGCUGUUGGCUGGCCGCAGCUCACACAGGCGCCUCUUGCUCGGCAGCGCCUGCCUGCCUGCGGCUGUGGCAGUAGCAGCAGUGCACUAGCUGGCGGUGGUGCACGCAACAGCAGUAGCAGCAGUAGCAGCGGCAGGGCUGCAAACGUGACGGCCGGUGCUGUCGGGAAGGCGGGCGCCAUGCAGCACGGGGCGGCUGUUGCUCAAGACGCAGGGGCCGCGGCAGCGGCGCCAGCAGCGGGCCUAGCCAGGGCGGUGGUGCGUGCGCCCGCGGGUGCUGACGCGCUGGUGGUGACUGUGAGCCUGGGCGCCAAGACCUGCAAUCUCAACAGGCCCUGUGACGAGCUGCUGGAGAAGGCGCUCACGCGCCUGGCCAAGAACCUUGUCAGCAAGCCCUCCAAGAAGGAGAAGCGCAAGAAGCCUGCCGGCGCGGGUGCGGGUCCCUCCGCGGGGGCCAGCAGCGCGGAGGCCUCGCAGGACGACGGCGGCGGGGUGGCGGCGGUGCUGUACGAAGACGCGGAGGGCAGGAGGCCGCUGCCGCUGUCCCUGACCAACGGCGAGGCGUGGCGGCGGGGAGUGCUGCUGGAGGUGGCGGGGGAGCGGUUCGCGGUGGAGCUCAACCCGCCCACCGUGGACAAGAUCUCCAUCGACCGGCUGGCCAUGGUGGGCUACCCCACGGCCGCCGCAGUCACGCUGUCGUUUGCCGAGGUGGGCGCCUGCCGCUGGCGCUGGUGGGCGCAGCGGCCGGGCGAGGCGGCGGCGGCGGCGGCGGGUGACGGGUGGCGCGACCUGGGUUGCGACACGCAACACUACACGCCGCAGCCCGAGGACGAGGGCUGCGUGCUGCGUGUGGAGUGCACGCCCACGGCGCCGCGGCGGGGGCCGGCAGCGGGCGAGGCAGGGGCAGCGGCAGCGGCAGGGGCGAAGGGCGAGGGCGAGGAGGAGGAGGCGUGGCCGGGCGAGACGGUGGCGGCUGUGACAGGCCCGGUGGGUCGCGGCCCCGAGCGCUGCUCCGCCUCCGUGCGCUGCGGCUGCACGCCCACCCCCGGAGCCCACGUGGCGGCGCCCGCCUUCCGCCUGCUGUCGUACAACAUCCUGGCAGACCAGUACGCCGGCUCCGAGUACGCACAAAACGUGCUGUUCAAGUACUGCCCCAAGGAGAACCUGGACCCCGCCUACCGUCGCGCGCUGGUGCUUCGUGAGUUGCUGGGCUACCGCGCCGACGUCAUCUGCCUGCAGGAGGUGGACGAGCGCGCCUUCACAGACUUCCUCAGCCUGCACCUGCGGCUGCACGGCUACGAGGGCCACUACACAAACAAGCAGGGCAAGGUGAAGGAGGGCAGCGCCACUUUCUGGCGCACCAGCCGCUUCCGCGCCCUGUCCCACGCCGACAUCCGGCUGCGGGAGGCGUUCAGGCUGCCGCUGCCGCCCCUGCACGCGCAGUUCGGACCCAUGCUGGAGGCCAGCAAGGAGCUGGCCACGGCGCUGCAGCAGGUAACCACCAUCGCUCAGGCCACGCUGCUGGCGCCCGUGUCGCCCACCGGCCCCGAAGGCUGCCUGUGUGUGGUGAACACGCACCUGUUCUUCCACCCCUACGCCCCGCACAUCCGCACCAUGCACACCGCCGGCAUCCUGGAGGAGGCCGCCGCCUUCCUCGCGCGCUGCGCAGACGGCACACAGCCGCCGGCCGCAGGCGCCAGUGUGGACGAGUUGCGCACCGCCGCCAGCUUCGGCCCCGGCCCCGAGGCCCCCGGCGUGAGUGUGAGCGCCAGCAUGAGCGGCGGGCUGCAGCGACCCACGGUGCUGUUCUGCGGCGACCUCAACUCCGACCUCAACGACGGCAUCCCGGGUGUUGUGGAGCUGCUGCGCAAGGGCUCGCUGCCACACGACUACUGGGACUGGGUGCAGGGGGCCGCGUUCAAGUGGGGAAUGGGUGAGGAGGACGCGGAGGCGAUGGCACAAGGCACCGCGCAGCUGCAGGAGGCAGCAGCCGCCGCCGCCGCCGCCGCGGCAGCCGCCGCCGCCGGCUCGCCGCCGCCCUCCGCCGUCGGCGCCACCCGCUCAGCCUCCAUGUCUUCCGUGGACCCGGCGGCUGCGGCCGCCGCCACUGGCUCCCUGUUUGCCGCCGACGGGCACGCCUUUGAGAGCACCUCCACGACGCCUGCCGCGCCCAUUGCGGUGACGGGUGUGGACAUCCGCCUGCCGUACGUGUUCCGGGCGGCGGACGACCUGGCCACGCCCUACACCAACUACACCAGCGGCUACAAGGCACUGCUGGACUACGUGUGGUAUGAGGAGGCCGUGCUGCGUGUGCUGGGCGCCACGCCGGUGCCCAGUGAGGAGCAGCUGGGCGGCUUCAUCCCCUCGCCCGCCUUCCCCUCAGACCACCUGGCGGUGGUGUACGACAUGACGUGGCGGCGGCCGGGCGACGGGUCGGGCUGAGAGGAGGAGUGGGGCGGCGGCCAAGAGGUGCGGCCACUCCCUUCGCCUCGUGGGUUGCACAGUGGAUUCCAACCUCGGGGCGGAGAGCGCAGCUUGGCCUGGGCUGCACAGCAGCGUGGAGGGUAGGAGCUAGUAAGAGCCAGUCUGCUAGUGCGCGAGGGUGGUGUAGGCCUAGGCGGUCGGGGCGCGACCGGCGUGCGUGUGUAUGGACUGGUACCGUGGCAGAGGAAAGGGGCUGCAUGGGGCAUGGCUCGUGCGUCGGUCGUCAUGCGUGGCCCUCGCACGCCCUUGUACACUGGGGUGUGAGACUUUUUUUGCAUUACGACCUAGAAGACGCCGUACUGUUCAUCCACGCGCACGGCGCGCAAUCACUGUGCAUGCUACAUGUCCGCGGUUGCAGUGGCAUGGCGGCAGCGGCGGUUGCUGGGGCGGGAGUGACCCCUACCCCCCCCCCCUGUUAGGGCGAAGUGCGGUCACGAGGCAGGCCGUCAGCGCCGCGCAGCCCGCAGCAGAGUGUCCGAGAACUCGCUCGGGGGGAGGUGUAGGCGGAUAUGGCACAUGCACAUUUCUCGUGCAGCCACGGGGGCGGAGCGGCGCGGGCAGUGCAGGGGCAGCAGGACACUGGAUGCUGAGCGAUUGACACUAGGCAGGGCCAUCGAUUGAAGCUUGGGAUUGGCCUUGACACGGCGGCCCUAACCAUGGUCUCGAACUUCUCAAUGAGCAGUAGCAGCAUAGGUGUAUUACACGAUUCGUGCAUCCCUUCUAGCAGAUG